CCUCUGGUGGCUCUCAAACACAGUAUGGAUACAAAAACAAGCGUUGUACUGCCAAUGCCGAUGUUGUUUUCCUUUAUGACGACUCUGCAAGUAUCAGUAAUAACAACCCAGCAAACUUUGGUUUGAUGAAAAAGUUUAUGAAGGAUGUAGUUGAUAAAUUUACACUGGUUGGACCAACAGCAACACAAUUUGGUGCUGUUUGCUUUGCCCAAGCACCUCGGAAACAUUUUUAUCUGAAUAAAUACGAUACAAGUACUAAAAUAAAGACUGGUAUAGAUGGUAUCCUGCCUAUUAGUGGGUUUGCUACCAGAACUGGACUUGGAAUUCAGUUUGUAUCGAAAAAUAUGUUCAAAACAGCGAAUGGUGGAGGACGGUCAGGUGUAAGAAAACUAGUCAUCGUACUGACUGAUGGAAAGGGAUCUGGUACCCCGACAUCACAGGCAGCAGCUGCGGAACUAAGGGCCACUCACAGCGCCACCGUUAUUGCUAUUGGAGUUGGGUCAAGCAUUAACUUGGAUGAACUUAAACAGAUAGCUUCACAGGAGAGCUUUGUUUUCACUACGGAUGAUUUUCAGCGAUUGUCAACGAUUAUAGACGUCGUUGUUGCAUCAGCUUGUCAAGGUUGUACUGGUGGGUCAUCAGGACCACGAGGUCCAAGGGGACUACCUGGGGAUCGAGGAGAACGUGGUAAUCCAGGACGAGUUGGCGAUCCAGGCAUGAGAGGAGACAAGGGAAUGAAAGGUAUCACUGGCAAUAAGGGAAUGAAUGGUGACAAAGGAGCACCCGGAAAACCUGGAAAUAAUGGGAAACCAGGAGAACCAGGCCCAGAUGGCCCUCCUGGAUACAAAGGUGAACCUGGAGAUCAAGGAGCACCUGGAAAAAAUGGCGCGCAAGGUAAUCAAGGGCCACGUGGACAACCAGGGGAAAAAGGAAAAAAGGGAGAAAAGGGAAUGACAGGAGAUAUGGGUCUAAAAGGCGAAAGAGGUCCCGAUGGAGAAAAAGGACUACAAGGAAAUAGAGGAGAACGGGGAGAUGCAGGAAAUCAAGGAGAAACUGGUGAUGAAGGACCAUCAGGCCCUGAUGGAGAUAAAGGAAUGAAAGGAGAAAAAGGCGCUGACGGUGAUAAAGGAGAACAAGGUGACAAAGGAGAUACUGGCAAGACAGGAGAACAAGGAGAUAAAGGCGACAAAGGGGAAAAGGGAGCUACUGGAGAAAAGGGAGACAAAGGAAUUCAAGGUGAACAGGGUGAAAAGGGUUCAUCAGGUGACACAGGGAACAAAGGCGACACUGGUUCCCAAGGAGAACAAGGCAGUAAAGGAGCUAAAGGUGCCAAGGGAGAGAACGGUGAACAGGGAAUGAAAGGACAGAAAGGUAACCAAGGACCUGAUGGAAUGAUGGGUAACAAGGGAAUGAAAGGAGACAAGGGAGAUAAAGGGGAGAAAGGACUUAAAGGAGAGAGAGGUGACCAAGGACCGGAUGGAAUGCCGGGACAAAAAGGACCACGGGGGUCACAAGGAAUGGUAGGAGAACCAGGAAAACAGGGUUCAAAUGGUGACCAAGGAGACAAGGGAAGCAAAGGUGAAACUGGAAUGAAAGGAGAAAAAGGCGACACAGGGGCAACCGGUCAACAAGGUGCAAAGGGCGUACAAGGUGAUGCAGGAGAACAAGGAGAGAAAGGCGGCCAAGGUUCAAAAGGAGAAAAUGGCGACAAAGGACAGCCGGGUUCUACUGGUGAAACGGGUGACAAAGGACCACAAGGAGACAAAGGCAUGAAAGGCGACAAGGGAGGUCAAGGUCCCCAAGGAAUCCGUGGUAACAAAGGUGACAAGGGAAUGCAAGGAAACAAGGGCCCUGACGGAAAUACGGGACCGCAAGGUUCAACAGGUAUGCCUGGGGACAAAGGACAACCUGGUGAUAAAGGGAUUUCUGGAAACGCUGGAAAUCCAGGUAACCAAGGACCUGUUGGUGCCCCAGGACCAAGAGGAUCGAAAGGGGAAACUGGACCAAUAGGACAGAAAGGGGCUGGAGGUCAAAAGGGUGAAAAGGGAAUGAAAGGAGAAAAGGGGGACAAAGGUGAAAAAGGUGACAAAGGAAAUUCGGGUUCUGAUGGAAUAAAAGGUAACCAAGGAGUUCAUGGAGAUCCAGGCCAGGACGGCGAAAAAGGUGACAAAGGCUUAACGGGUGAUGAUGGACUACCAGGUAGUGAGGGACCAAAAGGAGAAAACGGUAAUAAAGGGGAAACUGGGGUUAAAGGAGCCCGAGGUGAUGUUGGUCCACAAGGUCUUCCUGGCAAAAAUGGCAAUAAAGGCAUGGACGGAAAGAAAGGACCUGAUGGCAAACAAGGAACACAAGGAGACAAAGGAAUCAUUGGAGAACAAGGACCACAAGGUCAAAAAGGUCACAAAGGAGCUAAAGGUGACGAUGGGCCACACGGAGAUCAAGGUCUUCGAGGUCCUCAGGGACCAGAAGGAGACAAAGGAGAUAAAGGUGAACAAGGUAUGAAAGGCCCACAGGGUAAUCCAGGUACAAAUGGAAAGAUUGGUGCUCAGGGCAGAAAGGGAGAGAAGGGCAUUCCUGGUGACCAAGGUAUUCCUGGAAACCAAGGUCCUGUAGGCAAACCUGGUCCUCGAGGAAAUAAGGGUAUGCAAGGAGAUAAGGGUGAUCCUGGAGAUAAAGGAGACAAGGGCUUACAAGGAGACAAAGGUCUAACUGGAAACAAGGGACCAAAUGGUGAUAAGGGAGAUAGUGGUGAUAAGGGACCACAAGGGGAUAACGGAAAGACAGGCAAAGAUGGAGAGACGGGAGAAAAGGGAGAUAAGGGAAUGCAUGGAGACAAAGGCAUGAAAGGAGAAACGGGAAAUAAGGGCGCAACUGGAAAUAAAGGAAUGAAAGGAGACAAAGGCGACAAAGGACCAGAUGGAGACAAAGGAGAACAAGGUCUGAAAGGAUCAGAUGGUGACAAAGGAUCUAAAGGCGCAACAGGAGAUAAAGGAGCAAAGGGCGAUAAAGGAAUGCAAGGAAAACAAGGAGAGCAAGGACUCAAAGGCGAUAAGGGUCAAUCUGGAAAAGAUGGUAAAGAUGGAAUGACGGGAGAAAAGGGUGCAAAGGGAGAUAACGGAGACAAGGGACACAUUGGAGAAAAAGGAAAUAAAGGAGAACAUGGAGAGAAGGGAGAAAAAGGAGACAAGGGCGAAACUGGUCACAAAGGAGCACAUGGAAAGAAUGGUAAAGAUGGUGAAAAAGGAGACAAAGGCGACAAAGGUGACAAGGGAGACAAAGGUGUCAAAGGAAUGAAAGGUCAUCAAGGUGAGAAGGGUGACAAAGGAAUCAAAGGAGCUGUUGGAGACCAAGGCGAGCGUGGCGAGAAGGGUGCAUCGGGUGACAAAGGGGAAAAAGGUGACAAAGGACAAACAGGUGAUAGAGGAAAUAAAGGAUACAAGGGAGAUAAGGGUGUACGCGGAGACAAAGGACCAACGGGAGAUAGAGGACUUAUGGGUUUCAUCAAAGUCAUAUGGUCUGGUUAUGGAUGGACAAUGAAACCAUUCGUGAAAGGAUACCCGCCGCCAUCAUAUAGAGCUGCAGGAAAGACUGAGCAGGCAACCGCCGACGGGCUCGCUGGUAUAAAGACACAAAUCAACAAUUUCAUUGCUAAAGGUAUUCCUGGAGUCCCACCAAACGCGUCCAAAAUGGGAGGAGCAAGUACGGGAACAAAUGCAGGAGGAACCAAUGGACCCCAUCACAUUGAGACAAAAGUUGAAGCCAAAGCAUACUAAAACUAACUCGAAA